AUGAACAAGAAAAGAUAUUUUCUGGAUCCUCCAGAGGUCAAAGAUUACCUGGUCAAAGGAGAGAGGUUUACCAAGUGGUCAGAGGACUCCACAAAGACCGUCCCUGUCACCAUGAAGAUGGAUCCUAAAGGUUUUUACGUCUACUGGAUCAACCAAAGCAAGGAGACAACGUUCCUGGAUGUUGCUGCCAUCAGAGAUACCCGGACAGGAAAAUAUGCAAAACUUCCCAAACACCCUAAGGUUCGCAACGUGUUCAAUCUGGACUUUCCAGACAGCAACCAUCUUGCCAAAACUCUGACCAUCGUCUCAGGUCCGGACACGGUGAAUCUGACCUAUUAUAACUUCUUCGCUUCUAAGGAGAAAGUGACACAGAACUGGGCUAAUGACAUUCUUGCAAUUGCCUACAACCCUGCGAGAAACAACGCCUGCAGACAGGUCUUCCUGGACAAAAUAUACAUCCGCGUUUCUCUUCAGACCAACAAGGACGGCAAGAUCCCAGUGAAGAAUAUUUACAAGAUGUUCCCUGCGGAUAAGAAGAGGGUGGAAAGUGCCUUAGCAUCGGCACAUCUCCCUAAAGGAAAGCAUGACACCAUGAAGCCUGAUGUGUUCACUGAGGCUGCCUUCAAGGCCUUCAUGAUGUAUCUCUGCCCUCGGCCGGAGAUUUACGAGAUCUUCAAUUCUUACUCUACAAAACCCACCAUGACGAAGGAAAAUUUCAGCAAGUUCAUCAACGAGAAACAGAGAGACUCUCGGCUCAAUGAGGAGAUCUUCCCACGCCUGCGGCCGGACCAGAUCAAGGCUUUGGUCGACAAAUAUGAGCCCUGUUUAAGUAACACUAACAGAGGUCUGAUUUCACCAGAUGGUCUUCUGUUUUUUCUGAUGGGGCCGGAGACAUCGGUUGUCAUGCAGGACAGGCUGGCUAAGUGUCAGGACAUGACCCAACCCAUACCUCACUACUUUAUCAAGUCGUCCCACAACACAUACCUGACAGCCGGUCAGUUCUCCGGUGUGUCCUCCCCGGAGAUGUACCGACAGUGUCUGCUGUCCGGCUGCCGAUGUCUGGAGCUGGACUGCUGGAAGGGCAAACCUCCGGAUGAAGAGCCAAUCAUCACCCACGGCUUCACCAUGACGACUGAGAUCCUCUUCAAGGAUGUGAUUGAGGCCAUUGCUGAGAGCGCCUUCAAGACUUCGCAGUACCCCAUCAUCCUGUCGUUUGAGAAUCACGUCGACUCGGUGAAACAGCAGGAGAAGAUGGCCAACUACUGCAAAACCAUAUUUGGUGAUGCCCUGCUGACAGAGCCGCUGGACAAAUACCCUCUGAAGCCAGGUCAGCAGAUCCCCAGCCCUUCUGAGCUCAUGGGCAAAAUCCUCAUCAAGAACAAGAAGGGCAGCCAUGAGAAACCAGUCCAGACCAAGAAAACCACCACAGCAGCCUCAGAACAGACCACGGCCACAGCCGCACCUGCCCAGGUCACAAGCAACACUUCCCAGGAUCCUGCGCCCAGCACCCAGGAGAACCAAGACGGGGACGCAGCUGUGGAGGACAACGAGGAGCAGGAGGAGAUAGAUGAACAGGAUGAGGAGAAAAUGAAGACAUCGGACGAGGGCACAGCUGGGCAAGAAGUAACAUCCUACGAGGCCAUGUCAUCCCUGGUCAACUACAUCCAGCCCAACAAAUUCAUCUCUUUUGACAACGCCAGAAAGAAAAACAGGAGUUAUGUCAUCUCGUCUCUCGUGGAGACCAAAGGGGAGGCAAUGAUUUCCAAGACUGGCGUCGAAUUUGUGGAAUACAAUAAGAGGCAGAUGAGCAGGAUUUACCCCAAAGGAACAAGAAUGGACUCAUCUAACUACAGCCCCCAGCCUUUCUGGAACGUGGGCUGCCAGAUGGUGGCGCUCAACUACCAGACAAUGGACUUCCCCAUGCAGCUGAACAUGGCUCUGUUUGAGUUCAACGGCCGGACGGGGUACCUGCUGAAGCACGACGUUCUGCGACGCAGUGACAAGAAGUUUGACCCCUUCUGUGACAGGAUUGACACGGUGGUGGCGAGCACACUGACCAUAAAGAUCUAUUCGGGACAGUUUCUGUCUGAUAAGAGCGUGAAGACGGGGGUGGAGGUGGAGGUGAUUGGGCUGCCGGGGGACCCCAAAAAGAAGCAUCGCACCAAGUGGUCCACCACGCCCAACGCCAUCAACCCGGUGUGGAAUGAGGAGCCUUUUGUUUUUGAGAAGAUCCUGCUCCCAGAAAUGGCUUCUCUGAGAAUUGUCGUCCAUGAGGAGAACGGCAAAUUCUUGGGACACAGGAUCAUCCCAGUUGAUUCCAUCCUAUCAGGCUUCCAUCACAUCUGCCUGCACAGUGAGAGCAACCUGCCGCUCACGCUCCCGGCUCUCUUUGUGUACAUUGAGGUCAAGGACUACAUCCCUGCUGCCUUUGCAGAUUUCACCGACGCCUUAUUUAACCCAACAAAGGGCACAGAGAAGACCAGCAAGACCCAGAAGGAGUCGUCCUCGAACUUCAUCUCUCCAUAUGAGUUACCUCUUGUGGUCAAAGCCGCCACAGACAAAGCAAAGGAAAGUGAACCCGCUGUCACAGAAAAGGCUGUGUCUGAGCCUGCACCUUCUGCUGACACCAAUGACCAACCAUCCCAGUCUCCACCAGAGACAAGUCCAGACCAAGCUAUAGUAGAAGAAGAGAACACAACAGAUGCUUCACAGCCUGCAGCAGAGCCUCCUCAAACUCCUGAUACUGCUGCUGAAGAUUCAGCACCAAUAUCCGAAACUCUUCCUGAAGCCGCCCCCGAGGAAGCUGACCCUGAGAGAGAAGCGGCUCCGGAGCCAGAGGCAGCUCCUGAUAUCAAAGAGGAACCAGUGAAUGAGUCCGGCACAAAUUCUGAGUCUGCUCCAGAUGAGAAAGCUGCCCCAGAGGAGGCUCCAGGAAAAACUGCUGCUGUGGUCGUGCCCUGUCCAGAAAGUGCAUCACCUGAGUCCUCAGGAUCAGACGAAUCCCCUCAGCUGCCGACAUGCAGCGAAGCAGCGCUCCUGUGUGCUCAUCCUGCAGAUCCCUCGACUGUGACCAUUGAAGAACUGACACAGCACAAGAAUUAUCUGAGGGUCAUCAAGCGUCAGGAGAGAGAGAUGAAAGAAUUGGAGAAGAAAUAUCAGAAAAAAGCCGAGGAUCAGAUUCAGAAAUACUGCGACGCCUUCAAGGCUAUAAAGAAGAAGGCCUCGCUGAAGAAAAAAGAGGAAGGAGGGAGCACCCCUGACUCCAGUGUGCAGACGGAGCGGGUGCAGGAGCAGAAGGAGAAAAUGCAGGCGGAGCUGCAGGCUCUGUGGAGGGAGCAGGGCGAUCAGCUCAAGAAGAAGAAAGAGCAGUUUGCUACAGAGAGACUGGCCAAACUGAUGGAGACGGCCACAGAGAGACACAGCAGUGAAGUGAAGACCCUGGACAGUGAAGCCAAAGAGACUAAGAAGAAAACGCUCUCAAAAUGUUCAUCCUCAAAGAAAGCAAAGCUGAAAAGGGCGAUGAGCAUGGAGCUGUUGGACGAGACCAGUCAAUCUGAUGGUGCUUCUUCAGAUCACAGCCCACAGCAAGAGGCUCUGAUGAAGAGACAGGCGGCUACACUGGACGAAAUCAAGACCCUGACCAAUCAGCUCAAUCAGGAGGCCCUGAAGGAGCACGAGCAGAAGUUGAGGUCUCUGGCAGCGGAGGUGAAGGACGCUGUCAAUGUCUGCGUGGGUGCUCACUUCCCCGACCUGGUCGACCAGGCUGGAGACAAGAAGGUGGAGGGAGUCGGCUUCUAUGGAGAUGUCUUCCUCGGUUAAACUCGUCUUUUGACCCCUGACCCCUCAAUGUCACCUAAUUUUUUAUUUUUUAUUGUAACUUCCAUGUUUUUUUUUUUGUCAACCUGAGUACAACUACUGCAUUGUAGACUAUUCAAUGAUGGAAACUGUGUGAAAUUCAAUAUUAUAUUUAGGUGCUGUUCAUGGAGAGGGUAUAUCUUUAGGAGUGUUUAAGUGAUAAUCAUGUUUUUAUGGAUGUUAUGGAUGAUUUUGAACUUUUUUUUAAAUUUUAGUUUUAACUCUAUAUUUUAGUUGUUUCCCACUGGAUGAAAAAAAAAAUUCCAUUGGGCUACUCAGGGACAAAUAUCUUCCAGACGAAGGCCCAUCACCAAAAGCACAGUUGAUGAGUUGAAUGAGAAUAAAUGUAUCAGGGAAAACGGGUUAUCUGAGUUCGCAGGCUGCAUCGAGACAAUGACUCUAUUUGUGACACUUGAGUGCAGCUUGAUUUUCUGUGUGAGACCAUGAAGCCACAAUGAAGCUGAGAAUUUUCGGUGUGUUGAAGAUACAAAAAGGGAACUCGGCAGAAUAAAGAUAAUUUAAAAUCUGUGGCGAGGAAAACAAUCCUAUGAGGCCAUACAAAAGAAAAACUCGAUUUGUGUUCGGAUGCCACCAAUAGCCAGUUAACAUCCAUGUUUGUCUGACUCAUGUAAUAUGUAGUGAAGACUUUGAAGUAAUUAAUUGAAAGGUUCUAAAUAUAUUUUUUGAUUUAUGAUAAAGGGACAUAUAAAAGAAUAAUUUAA